CGCCGGGCAGAGGGUGGAGACGCAGGGUGGGGUCACACACACACAACAGGCAGAGGAGGGAGACGGAGAGAUCGAGCCCAACCCCGAACACGGCAACAACACACACAUACAGAACAGCGCGGUUACAGCCAGCAAAGCGGAUUUCACCCAUCGGGGGACAUGAUCGAGAAAAUUUCAACUGUCACCGCUUCGUUUUCCUCCUGAACUGAUCGGAAAGGUGGAGAGCAAACUUGCGGUCAAGAUUACUGUUAUUCAAAUCCACCCCACCCGGGCGACCCCCCCCCCCCGCUCCACUCCACCCCUUUUUACCGCUGCACCCCCCGCUUAGCUACCGACAUGCACACGGAGACUCGCAAAAAGAAAUGCAAGCCGAGUUCUGAAAAAUCUAACGCUCCCACCUCAGAGCCCUCCAAGGAGAUGCCAUCCAUACAGAUCAAGCCUGAGCCAGAGGAGGUGGAGUGCACAGUGAAGCAGGAACCCGAGGACUGCCCAGAGCCGACGGACCUGAAGCUAAAGUCCUCUCCACCUUCCCUCCGUGUUAUCGACGUACGUUCCCUUGAUGCCGACCAGACCGAGCCCGUGGACCUCUCGCUCAACAAGCCCCGUCCCUCGCUUCCCGUGGCCACUGCACCCAUGGCCACACCGGUGAACCCUGCACCUUCUCCGAGCAGCAUCAGCACCAGCGCCACUCUUCCGGCCGUGUUGGCGACACCGGGCUCUUUUCUGGCAUCAGCGCAGGGUAUCGGGGGCCAACAGAUCCUGCAUGUUAUUCACACUAUCCCCUCGAUGAAUAUGGCAGGCAAGGUGGGCCAAUUGCAAACCAUUCCUGUGAUGGUGCAGUCAUUGCCUGUUGUCUACACUGCAGUGCCGGCUGAUGGAGUGCCUGCUGCCGCUGCCAUCACGGUGCCCCUUAUUGGCACAGAUGGCCGUUCUGAAGGGUCAGUGCUAAUUAAGCCAGGCUCGACCUCACCGAUAGAGUACCAGAGUGACAGCGAUGUGGAGAGUGGUACAGAGUCGGGAUCAGCCUCCUUUAGAACACAGAGCAUGGACAACAGUUUAAACACAGAUGUGGACAUCCAAGGAGACCCCGAUUCUCCAGACAUGAAGAGAAGACGAGUGCACAUGUGCGAUUACGAUGGCUGCAACAAAGUGUACACAAAGAGUUCCCAUCUAAAGGCACACCGGAGAAUACACACAGGAGAGAAACCAUACCAGUGUACGUGGGAGGGCUGCACGUGGCGCUUUGCCCGCUCCGACGAGCUCACGCGUCACUACCGAAAGCACACAGGGAUCAAGCCAUUCCGCUGCACUGACUGCGACCGUAGCUUCUCCCGUUCCGACCACCUAGCCCUUCACCGGCGCCGCCAUGUCAUGAUGUGAUCAUGGUUGUGCCUAGUACUCAAUUUAGCCCUGCCUCUUUUCCACCUACUCCUCAGGAGACUCCACCCCGGAGAGGGUUGUGAGAACUGUGAAGCUAACCAUCCCUUCCUCAUGAGAACACGCCUGUCGAAGAUGGAGCCGCAUGCCUGCGGGGUCGCUCUACCCCGUUAGUACAUGGCUGGAGCCACAGCUUACCCAACGUGCCCUCCUUUCCUGCCUUGUUGUGCUCCUUCAGUGCUUGCUUCAACACCCUUCUCUCUGGACCACAGGGAGGUAAAGACAAAAAUGCACCGAUUAACAUGGAAGGGACACGGAGAGGAAAAGAGAGUCCACUGUCCUUGCAAAGCAGGACCAGACGAUGGAGACGGCACAUGAUCAGACAUGAGUGUUUUUUUUUUUUUUAUCAAAUUAAGGAAACAGGGAUGAAUUUACAAGUUCUCUGUGAUUUGUACCUUUUAUCUGAACGUUUUAGUUGUACCACAAUUGGUUUGCAUGAGCUAGCUCUGUGUUGAGGUGUUUUUAUGUUUGUGUGGCUGAAUGUUCAAGUAGAAUGCAUUUUUAUUUGAUUUUCUUUUAAGACCGCGCAAUAUAUGCCCUCUCUUUUAUUUUAUGAACAAAUGUGUAGGGGGUUUGCUGUUCUGUCCACCUACCAUGCCUAAAAAGUAGAGACAGAGAGCUAAGACUGUGAAUUAAAAAAAAAAAAAUCUAGUAUAAUGUUUCUUCUAAUUGGCUAAUUUGGUCAUUAGGUAAACUACAUUAUUAUUAUUUACACACAGAUCGGUGCAGAUAAACUAAUCCUAUACAAAUAAUGAAAACGAUUGAGUGAACCAGAAAAAAUAAGGGGCCGUAUUCAGAGUUGUUACUUCAACGUAUUCAGAAAUUAAAACGAAUAAAAUAAAACUGUUCACAUUGAUAGAUAGAGCUGAUUCAUCUCUGGAAUUAAGGGCUGUUUGGACACCUGCACAUUCAAAUCUCAGUCAUCCACCUUGACGUAGAGUUUACAGUCUUACAGUUUGUUAAAACCAUGUUUAUUCACCAAGGAAGUCAGAGCAAUAUAUGCCAUCUGAAGUAUUAAAUAUCUAAAGGGGUCUUAUUUUAAAACAUAACUUUUAUUAAAGCACUUUACAUUGUUUUAUCAAUUAAAAUAAGUCAAGGACUUGCUCUGUACUUCUGUUUUUUUUG